UUACACACGCUGCAUAUAAAAAUUAGGGUUUCGUUCGGGGUGCUCGCUUCUCUCCUACAAUGGCGGCUGCGACUCUCCGCUCCGUCCGCCGCCGCAAUAGCCUGCUGCCCUUGUUCGAAAUCUGCCAUCUUCGAGAUCUCCUCUUCUUCUCCUCCUCUGUCCACCGUGCCGCCGCCGCCGUAGGCGGCACCAUGUCUCCGGAUCCCCACUUCAUGGUGGAAUACCUCGUGAACUCCUGCGGGUUCUCCCCCUCCGAGGCAGCCAAGGUCUCUAAACCCCUUGCGCACCUCCGAGCCACCGAGAAACCCGACGCCGUCCUUAACUUCAUGAGAUCUCAGGGCUUCAGCGGCGCCGGUAUCAGGAAGGUGAUAUCUGCGGAUCCUAGAUACUUAUGCUACAACGUGGAGAAGAGACUCGCCCCGAAGUUUCAGUUCUUACGCGAUUUGGGCUUAUCGGAGUCGGACAUCGUCGAUGCCAUACUGAAGAACCAUGGCAGCCUCCUCCACAACGUUCACCGUUCCUUCGUCCCCAAAUUGGAGAUGUGGGAAAGUCUCUUGGGAUCGAGAGAACUCGUUCUCAAGCAUCUCAAGAAGACAGGAUGGCUUUUCUUCUCCAGCGUUGAGAAGACAUUGCAUCCUAACCUAAAGUUCUUGAGGGAUGAGUGCGGCAUUCCUGAAGAAAUGGUCUCUGUCGUCUUGAGAAGUCACCCAAAAUUAAUCUCACUGAAACCAGAGUCUCUCCGAGCUUUGGUUGCGAGAGCCGAUGAGCUGGGGAUGCCACGGCAAUCUCGGAUGUUCAUGUGGACACUUGAUGUUUUCCACAACGUAAGCAAAGAAAAGUUCGAGUCCAAGGGCGAGCUCAUGAGGAGCUUCGGGUGGUCGGAGUCGGAGUUUUCUUCUGCAGUCAUGAAAAAUCCCACCUUCUUAUGCAUCUCCCUCGAUAUGUUGCGCAGAAAAGUGGAAUUUUUUAUGAAUGUAGUCGGGUACACCCCUUCCUUCAUCGCCUCCCAUCCAAAUCUCUUGCUAUCAAGUCUGCAGAAGACGGUAAUUCCUCGGUUUCGUGUUUUGGAGAUGUUGAAUACGAAAGGCUUGUGGACUCGACGAGGCACGUUUUUGUCCUAUGUGACAUUAUCAAAUACAAAAUUCAUGGAGAAGAUUGUUCUACCCUACAAAGAAAAGGUUCCUGAGCUUCGUGAUAUUUUGAGAGCAGGUGAGUGUGAAGGGAAAUGCGAAGGGUUAUACACACUGCAGAUAGAAGCGGGUUGUUUGUCUCAGGGUGCCGCUGCGACUGCUCUCUUUCGUCCCACAAUGGCGGCUGCGACGCUCCGCUCCGUACUCCGCCGCAAUAGCCUCCUGCCCCUGUUCGAAACCUGCCGCCUUCGAGAUCUCUUCUUCUUCUCCUCCUCCUCUGUCGACCCUGCCGCCGCUGUAGGCGUCACCAUAUCUCCAGAUCCCAACUUCAUGGUGGAAUACCUCGUGAACUCCUGUGGGUUCUCCCCCUCCGAGGCAGCCAUGUUCUCUAAACCCCUUGCGCGCCUCCGAUCCACCGAGAAACCCGACGCCGUCCUUAACUUCAUGAGAUCUCAGGGCUUCGAUGGCGCCGGUAUCAGGAAGGUGAUAUCUAUGAAACCCAAUUACCUAUGCUACAACGUGGAGACGAACCUCGCCCCGAAGUUUCAGUUCUUACGCGAUUUGGGACUAUCGGAGUCGGACAUCGUCGAUGCCAUUCUGAAGAACCCUGCCAUCCUCUGCCUCGAAGUUCACCGUUCCUUCGUCCCCAAAUUGGAGAUGUGGGAAAGUCUCUUGGGAUCGAGAGAGCUCGUUCUCAAGCAUCUCAAGAAGACAACGCGGUUUUUCCACUCCAGCGUUGAGAAGACAUUGCAUCCCAACCUAAAGUUCUUGAGGGAUGAGUGCGGCAUUCCUGAAGAAAGGGUUUUUCUCGUCUUGAGAAGUCAGCCACAAUUAAUCACAAAUAAACCAAAGUCACUCCGAGCUUUGGUGGCGAGAGCCGAUGAGCUGGGGAUGCCACGGCAAUCUCGGAUGUUCAUGUGGACACUUAAUAUUCUCCAGAGGGUAAGCAAAGAGAGGUUCGAGGCCAAGGUCGAGCUCAUGAGGAGCUUCGGGUGGUCGGAGUCGGAGUUUUCUUCUGCAGUCAGGAAAAAUCCCACCUUCUUAAGCAUCUCCCUCGAUAUGAUGCGCAGAAAAAUGGAAUUUUUUAUCAAUGUAGUCGGGUACACCCCUUCCUUCAUCGCCUCCCAACCAUCUAUCUUGCUAUAUAGUCUGCAGAAGAGGGUCAUUCCUCGGUUUCGUGUGACGGAAAUGUUGAAAUUGAAAGGAUUGUGGACUGGAAAAUACAAGUUUACAUCGAUUCUCGUAUUCACAGAUACCAAAUUCAUGGAGAAGUUUGUUCUCCCUCACAAAGAAAAUGUUCCUGAGCUGCUUGAUAUUCUGAGAGUUGCUGGCACCUGGAAACGAAAUGAAACCUUGCAUUUGGCAUCGGAGGAUGAGGAAGGGCUUAGCUGAUGGUCUAAUUUGUGACGACGAAGUGGCUUCAAUGGAAUUUGAAAGACCAGUUGCACUGGGUUGAUCAGGAGUCACCAACUCUUCUGAAAUGUCUUCAACCUGCUUUGGAAUUGCUAAAGCUUUUCUCGCAUCAACAAACUCUUGCAUACCUCCAUAGGCUUCUGCUCGUCCACUCUUUGUGAUUCCAGGUGCAGAUCUCUUCAUUCUUGGAUUUGGUGGAUGCAACUUCUCAUCAUCAUAGCUGAAGCUUCUGCUCCACUUGAAAGCCUUCAGAAGGCUGCACAACUACAUUUCUCCAACAUCUGAAUCGAACUAAUUCCCUUGAGUUAGUCGAUUUGCUGGUUCCUUAAGAAUAUUUUGGAUGUCAUUUUAUUUCUUUGUUCAAGUAUUUAUGUUGCCGAUGUGGUCCAUGUUUCCCGCAUCAUGAACCGUGUGGCCCAUUGUCUAGUCAAUCUAGGAAGGGCUGUAAAUUCUCUGUUUUUUUGGGUCUUGUAAUGAUAGAUCAGUCUAUCUCAGUAUCUAAUCCGUUUUAAUCUUUA